CGGCUGAGCCUAACUGGAGGCGAGCGAGCUGGUGCUGUCCGCGGUGCUGUCGUGAGGAGCCCGGGACCCGACGGACAGGCGGCCCCAGCGCCUCGAGGCAACGCCCUCCUGCACCCUCUGCGCCCUGCGGGACCCGCUUGCCCGGCAGGACCAGGUCGACUCGACAAAGGAGUGUGGUGCCGGACGUGGGAGAGAGUCCUCCGCUUGCCACCUGGGCGCCCAUUCAGGCGUGACUUUGGAGAUUUCUGUAGUUCUACACCAAACUAUUUUCAUCUUUUCACAGCUAAGACGAUCUUUUAGUUUUUUAAAAAAAUUAUUAUUAUUACUGCAAUUUAUAUACCCACACCGUUUUAGGAAUCUUUCUGGGAGACUUUUGACUACUAAAAUAAGGUGAAAAGCAGUAAGGAUGUUUAAGUGCUGGUCAACUGUUUUAGUUCUUGGAUUCGUUUUUCUGGAGUCUGAAGGAAGGCCACCCCUAGAAGCAGGAUAUGGCCUUACAUCCCAUCAACCUCCAAUAAGAUUGAGACACAAGCAGGAAAAAAGUCAAGAAAGUUCAAGAAUCAAAGGAUUCUUGAUUCAGGAUGGCUCGCUGGGAUCUUGUGAAAAUAAAUACUGCGGUUUGGGAAGGCACUGUGUUAUUAGCAGAGAGACAGGGCAAGCAGAAUGCACUUGCAUGGAUCUUUGCAAACGGCACUACAAACCUGUGUGUGGAUCUGAUGGAGAAUUCUAUGAAAACCACUGUGAAGUGCAUAGAGCCGCUUGCCUGAAGAAGCAGAAGAUUGCCAUUGUCCACAGUGAAGACUGCUUCUUCAAAGAACCAGAAAAUUUACAAGUAGAGGUGGUACCACAGACCGGGACCCAGGAUGAUUUGGAGCAGAACUUCAGCAAACAUACUGUGAUAAAACAGGAAGAGCUUGGCAAGGAUCUUUCUGAUUGCACUUUGUAUGAUCUGCUGAAAUACGAUGAUUUUAACUCUGACAAGCACCUGGAUCUUGAAGAAUUGUAUAGAACCUUCCAGGUUAUCCAGUUGAGUCUGCCUGAAGAUCAGAAACUAAGCAUCACAGCAGCGACGGUGGGACAAAGUGCUGUUCUGAGCUGUGCCAUUCAAGGAGCACUGAGACCCCCCAUCAUCUGGAAAAGGAAUAAUAUUAUUCUGAAUAAUUUAGAUUUGGAAGACAUCAAUGACUUUGGAGAUGAUGGGUCCUUGUAUAUUACAAAGGUCACCACAACUCACAUGGGCAAUUACACCUGCUAUGCAGAUGGCUAUGAACAAGUCUACCAGACUCACAUCUUCCAAGUGAAUGUUCCUCCAGUCAUCCGGGUGUACCCAGAGAGUCAGGCCAGGGAACCUGGGGUAACUGCAAGCCUGAGGUGCCACGCAGAGGGCAUACCAAACCCUCAGCUUGGCUGGCUGAAGAAUGGAAUUGAUAUUACGCCAAAGCUAUCUAAACAACUCACGCUUCAAGCAAAUGGCAGUGAGGUUCAUAUAAGCAACGUGCGCUAUGAAGAUACAGGAGCAUACACUUGUAUCGCAAAGAAUGAAGCAGGAGUGGAUGAAGACAUCUCUUCUCUUUUUGUGGAAGAUUCUGCUAGAAAGACCCUAGCUAACAUAUUAUGGAGAGAAGAAGGUCUGGGAAUUGGGAACAUGUUCUACGUUUUUUAUGAAGAUGGAAUCAAAGUGAUACAACCCAUAGAAUGUGAAUUCCAGCGGCACAUUAAGCCCAGUGAAAAACUCCUUGGAUUUCAGGAUGAAGUCUGCCCCAAAGCUGAGGGAGAUGAAAUUCAGAAGUGUGUGUGGGCCUCAGCUGUUAAUGUCAAAGACAAGUUCAUUUAUGUUGCACAACCAACACUGGACAGAGUCCUUAUUGUUGAUGUGCAGUCCCAAAAAGUUUUUCAGGCAGUAAGCACAGACCCUGUCCCAGUUAAAUUACACUAUGAUAAAUCCCAUGAUCAGGUCUGGGUGCUAAGCUGGGGUACCAUGGAGAAGACUUCUCCGACACUACAGGUGGUGACCCUGGCCAGCGGGAAUGUGCCACACCACACGAUCCACACCCAGCCAGUGGGAAAGCAAUUUGACCGAGUAGAUGACUUCUUCAUUCCCACAACAACACUGAUCAUCACCCACAUGAGGUUUGGAUUUAUUCUUCAUAAAGAUGAAGCUGCACUACAAAAAAUCGAUCUUGAAACCAUGUCGUACAUCAAGACAAUUAAUUUAAAGGACUCUAAGUGCGUUCCUCAAUCGUUGGCAUAUACACACUUGGGAGGGUACUAUUUUAUUGGCUGCAAACCUGAUAGCACUGGGGCUGUUCCACCACAGCUCAUGGUGGACAGUGUGACUGAUUCAGUCAUUGGAUUCAAUGGUGAUGUGACAGGGACUCCAUAUGUCUCUCCAGAUGGGCACUAUCUUGUCAGCAUUAAUGACGUGAAAGGUCUCGUAAGGGUCCAGUACAUUACCAUUCGAGGAGAAGUACAGGAGGCUUUUGAUAUUCACACAAACCUGCACAUAUCUGAUCUGGCAUUUCAGCCAUCCUUUACUGAAGCCCACCAGUACAACAUCUAUGGAAGCUCAAGCACACAGACAGAUGUGCUCUUUGUGGAACUCUCCUCCGGAAAGGUUAAAAUGAUAAAGAGCCUCAAGGAACCACUGAAGGCAGAAGAAUGGCCUUGGAACCAAAAGAACAGGCAGAUCCAGGACAGUGGCCUGUUUGGUCAGUACCUGAUGACCCCUUCCAAGGACUCUCUCUUUAUACUAGAUGGACGACUCAAUAAGUUAAACUGUGAGAUCACUGAAGUUGAGAAAGGAAAUACAGUCAUUUGGGUUGGAGAUGCCUAGGGGACCUAUUAGAUAAUUAUCGAAGAGUUUUUCACUACAUUGCACUUAAUCCAUUGUUUAAAUUUACAGCGUAACUUUUCAAUUUAUAUCCUAGUCAAGCAUAAGUUAUUGGUUGACCCAAUUAAAACAGGUUUUUUUUGGCAGAGAAAUACAUAAUUAGUAAUACCGGUUGAUUAGAAGUACUUAACACAAUAUUUGAUGAGAAGCUACAUUAAUCACAAGAAUCAAAUCUACAAUUAUGGUUUAAGCCAAUAAAAGAGGAACUUAAAAACUUAAAAAAUAACUGCAGGGAAUUUCAGAUGACUUUAAGCACCAUUUCAUUUUAGGGGUAGUUUAUUCUGUCCUCUGUCCUCUGGUAUGCUUAAGCCAGAAAUAAUCGGUGUUGUGGGACCUUAAAAUUCUUAUUUAAAAUAUUCUGUCCCAUCCACUGUUUGUAAUCUUUUGUGCCUUGAAGGGAAUGUCACAAGAGGAGAAGGAACGCUAACUGCUGCAUACAGAACACCUUCAUGACUGUAAAUCUCUUGCCAUUAAAAGAGAAAAGUUAAAUAUCUUAUACACCAAAUCCUGCCUUCAGUUGUUUGUUUAACUCUCAAUGAAAUAUCAUUUGAAGGCAUAAAUUGGCCUUAGGUUGUAGAUAGGUGACAUACUCUAUUUGACACUGACUGUAUAAUCUGCAGCAUGCUAUGGAAAAUGGGGAGGAGGGGAGGAAACAAUGAUGGUGAAAAAUUUUGCAAAAUGUUCUCUACUCAUUGUGUUUUCAGUCACUAGAACACAUUGUAUUUUUAACGAAAGUUUGUCUGAGAUGUCAAUUGCUUACAAAUGUUUAUUAUUUGCAGAAUAUAUAUUUUUUCUUUUCAUGUAGCCCAGUGUUGCACCAGAGGGAAAUUUCUGUUCCAAAAAGGAAGCAUCAUUUGUGUCUGCCUAGAGUAAACUACAUAUAGGUUUAACAACAAGGAGAAAAUACUGGCUAGAAUACUGAGUACUAGUGGUUUAGGAAUUAGUAAUAGAAAUUGGGAAUCAGGCGAUAGCUUCAUGAUGGUGAGCAAAGACUUCUCUAUUGCUUACCCAUCAAAUAACUUCAUUCCUUACUAACUUUCCUAAAUAACUUCUGUUCAACUCCUAUAUAAUCUUUAAAUGACCCUCUUAAUAAUUGUCUGGUUUAACUGGAGACCUAACUAAUCAUCUUAUUUGAGACAGUGCAUAGAAAUAAGAAUUACUGAUUUUUUUUUUAAGGGCAAAGAAAAGGCCAGUAGAUGUGGAUUAAAACUAGAAAGUUGGUUUACUGAAAUAAGCAGAUAAUUAUCCAGUUUUAAGUAAUAGUUUACAUGUUUUGAGAAUCCUUUUACUUAUUUUUAUUUUAUUGCUAUUAAAAAUGCUGAUGGGCUGUUGAAAUGAUCUCUGUUUACUGAAGGUAAUCCAAUAAGGUCUUUUUUAACACAAAUUUUACUCAAGUUUAAAUUGUAUAAAACUGCUUAGAAACUGAAAUUUUAUAGUGUGGAAUAUCUUAAGUGUAUAUAGCCUCCUGAGCUGUGUGAUAUACAGUAGCUUAAGGAAACAUUAUGGGAAGUAGUUUAAUAAACAACAAAAAAUCAGCUUAUGUUUCUACUUAUCUGCUUUCCUUUUUAACACUUUUCUUCCUUGUGAACAUGAACCAUAUAGAGUGUCUGUGACCUAAUGAUUUAAUGUGAGUCUGUGUCAUAUCUCCUUCUUUGGUAGCUUACACCAUGUGGAUGCUUUGUCUGUAGACUUUGCUUGAUUAAAGGAGAAUAAACCUCUUACAUUUUAA